AAUUAACAAAUUAUAAAAGAGAACUUAUCAAAGCAAAGUUAUAUAAAAUUGUUAAUUUUUCAACUGUUGAAGAGGUAAUAGCCUUGGAGAGUGAUAAUAAUAUUGUUAAUUCUGAUAAAUUGUCCUAUACUAAAAUAGAGCAAAAAACUUUAGUAAUUGAUAAUAUAGUAGAUUUAAUACAAAAUUAUUUAGAAGAAAGUGAAAGAGAUACUAAUAAUGACUACAAUUUGCAA